UCGACUCUCAUUCGCAGGCUGAUAAGAUGCCCGGCCUUUGCACGGCCACUUUGAUCUUCGGCAUCCUUGUCGCUACAGCCUCCGAUUGUGGUGCGACUGCACUAACAAUUAAAGGACAAGAGAUCAACAUCACAUCAAUUAUAGAUCCUGAUGAGAUUAUUGGACGCAUCGACAAUCACCAGCACCACCACCGGAAAAAUCAAAUUUCAGACGGCUUCGUCAAAUAUGGCAAAGAUAACAAAAGCAUCCCUGUAUUCUACGCCGAGAACGGAGAAUCGUGGACCGUGAAAUGUCCUUUAAAGAAAAGUUUGACGUCACGAGUUAUAUGGUCCCAGGAAGGUGAAAUUUUGGUCCACCCCUACACCAGAGUGAACGUUGAGCACUGCGAGAUUUACUGCGAGUGCAGCAGUUUGUAUGUAGCACCCAACACCUUUGACCUGAGCAUCGAGCACAUGAUGUCGGACAUCCAGGGGACCUUCACUUGCGUGUCCGGAGACAAGAGUUGGUCAUUCUUCUUGAUUGUCAGGGGACACGACAAGUGCCACCCAAAUAAAGUGUUUUAUAUCUGCAUUGCUGCGUUUGUGGUGGUCCUGCUGUCAUCUCUUCUGUUUGUCUGCUGCAUCACCUGGUCGGAAAAAUCCUCAAAGUCGGCGCAAGAUUACCUGACAAGUGGCCACUGGCAGCAGCCUGCUGUCAAUUUCAGAUAUUUUAAUUCUCCUCAAAUGCUUGCCUUCAGAAAGACGUACGACUCAUAUGACCAAGAGUUCUCUGGCAAUUCACAUCCCAACGAACUGCCUGAGAGAGGGAUGUUGCCUCGCGUUUCCCCAAGGAGUGAAAGACGAGUUAGCAUGUGACAAGAAUAAUAUCAGUUCAAAGCUAAAUAGUUAAUUGUGAUUUAUAAAGGAGGGUUAUAAUUUAUCAGAAUAUUGCUCAAUAUUUGGAAAAUAAAUAAAGGAUUUAAAAUAGGACAUUAUAUAAGAGAAAAUUAUGUUGAUGAUUAAUUAGAGACUGUUAAUUAAAGACAUAUUUAAAUAUAUUAAAAAUACAUGAAUUAUUAUUUUUAAUAGUACUUGU